UCGAGCACACAGCGCAUUCGGCAGUCACGACCGCAUCCCUAGGACUCAAGCGGCGACCCGAUUGAAGUUACCGCAUCAUAUGCAGAAUAUCCGCAUAAUUUCUGGGCGAUUCGUAAGAGCAAGAUCAUAACCAUGGAUAGCAACAAAUCAAAGAGUGCGAUCGGCCGGUCUCUCGAGGACAUCUGGCGGUUCAGCGACAAGGAACUGGAAUGGAGUCAUGAUUACAUUCAAGUUCUCUUUCCGCUACCAGAGUUCUCCGCGUUCAAUUUCUCGGCACCGCACAUCGAUCGCAGUACUCGCGACGACUUUCUAGCUGAGGGAACGCUACGGGAGCACUUGUUCCGCUCAUUUCAGCGCAUGGCAGCCUUCUACGGCUUUGACGCAAGCGAAGAUCAUGGCGAGAUCCGAGUUGAGGCGAAACCAGACUUCACCAGCCUCGCAAGGAGGAACUGGCUGAAACGAUUCGAUCACAACCAUUUGAGGAUAAGUCGUAUCAUCAGAUCUCUGCGCGUCCUUGGGUUGGAGCCUGUGGCAACUGCCUUCCAUCAAGCACUUGUGCAGAAUGCCGCCGGGGUUAGCGAUCGAAGCUUGAUGUACUGGGAUCGAGCGGCUAGACGCCCGCUGCACCUGGCUCCGGACGACGAUGACGAAACUGCUGAAGGUAUUGACUUUCUACGGGACUGAUUUGUGGCUCGGUAGCACACUUUCCGGCAAGAUCUCGACGCCCCUUGGAUGUCUCUGGGCAUUGCCGCCCGCGAUUUGGCUACUCCAUCUCAAAAGUCGGGUUUCAUGUGUGAGAAUGGUUCAAUGUAUCCGAUAGACGACAUCUGUAAAAAGUUACGAUCGAGCCCUCCAGCAGCGUAGAAAGGAGACAUUCUAUCUAUGCCAACUUU